AUGGCCUCCUUCAUUCUGGAUCAGGCUCUGUCUUCCUUCCUGCCCGAACGCUGCCCCCAGCAGGAGCUCCCCUCUCUGGACUUGGAUGGGUCUGACUUCAGCCUGUAUAGUCCUCCUCCUGAAGCGGACCCCUCUCCAAGGACCCCAUUAUCCUCCUACGGCAGACAGGACAUGGGCCUAGUCCCUGAAGGCCCCCCAGGAAUUGUUCCAGCUAUCCAAAACUUCUUUCCUCAUCUCCUGAACCUCCCCGGUGGAUCCUGGUUGUCCUCUGAGGAGCUGAUGAGUCUGGUCCGGCCCCCUUACUCCUACUCAGCCCUCAUAGCCAUGGCGAUUCAAAGCUCGCCCAACCAGAGGCUGACUCUCAGUCAGAUUUACCAGUACGUCUCUGAAAACUUCCCCUUUUACAGCCGCAACAAGGCUGGCUGGCAGAACUCCAUCCGGCACAACCUGUCGCUUAACGACUGCUUCCUGAAGGUUCCCCGGGAUGAUGGCGAUCCAGGUAAAGGAAACUAUUGGACUCUGGAUCCAAAAUGUGAGAAGAUGUUCGACAAUGGAAACUUCCGCCGAAAGAGGAAGAGGAAGUCUGAUCCCAGUGAAAGCAAACCACCAUCAUCAUCCCCAUCACCGUCAGAGCCCAGCACCAAGCGUCCCAGCAUGCACUGCAGCAGCUUCCAGGACUCCCUCCCUCCUCCUCAUCAUCAGACUAUUUCCUCCUCCUGCUCCUCAGUGAACAUGCUGGCUCCUGAACAAGCCUCCCCUCCUCUUCCUGCUCCUCUUCCUCUUCCCCAGGGGUACCCCUACUCCUUCUCCCCCAGUGCUGUGGUACCUCAGUGGGACCCCUGCAGCCACUCUUCUCCUCUCUUCCCCUCCUCUCAGUGGACUCCUUCCUUCCUGGGCGACCAUCAGGACUACAUUGAGCUGCAGGCGGCAUCAGGUCCAGAACCUGGGUUCUCUGGGGUCUUCAGUGAAGCACUGGACACCUUACACCUUCAGCAGUGAAAUGGACUGAACAGACUGACCAAUAUUUAUCCAUUUAGAAUUAAUUUAAUCUGACAGAUGAUGGAAUCUCUUUUGGCUUUGAAUGUUUUAGCUGUGUGUUAAAGUGAGACAUUCAUCAUACUGUCCUGUUACUGUAUAUAUGUAUACUGCUGGUUUCCCUAACUAAAUAUGUGACCUGACUUACAUCCAAGCAUUUGUUCUGUUUUGUGCAUUUCUAACUGGUUUCUUUGGAGAAGCAUCUGGUGGUUCUUAUAUCCAGUUUGGAGCUACUGGAAACUGCUAUUUAAAUCAAUAAAAUGCUAAUAACGCUAAUAAACAAAUCAUAAUCUUUUCCAUUCAUAAUGCUGUUCCUUAUUAGACCUUUUGCUUUUGCAUGACCGGUUUGCCCCAUAUCAU